GAUGCGCUCUGAUAUCAUAUUGACCAGAUUAUGGAAUGGCUAUGGAAGGUGGAGAAACUACAUGUCUUCAAUCUCCUCUGAUUGGACAUCAAGGGGACAGUCAUGAAUUUGAUGGAGGAACAUCUGGGCAAGGUUGUUGCAGAAGAGAGAUUAUUGAAGAAGCAAAGAAGCAGCUGUGGCUGGCAGGGCCUCUUGUGGCAGUCAGCAUGUUGCAGUACUGUUUACAAGUAAUCUCCAUCAUGUUUGUAGGCCAUCUUGGGGAGUUGCCACUCUCUGGUGCUUCCAUGGCCACUUCAUUUGCUUCAGUCACUGGUUUCAGCUUAUUGUUAGGAAUAGGAAGUGCAUUGGAGACACUUUGUGGGCAAGCCUAUGGAGCCAGAGAGUACCACAUGGUGGGUAUUCACACACAAAGAGCAAUGCUAACCCUUCUUGUCUUGAGCAUUCCCCUUGCAUUUAUAUGGUUCUUCACGGCCCCUAUUCUCAUAUCUCUGGGCCAAGAUCGCCGCAUAUCUACAGAAGCAGGGAUAUUCAAUAGGUGGAUGAUCCCAAGCCUUUUUGCCUACGGCCUCCUGCAAUGUCUCAACAGAUUUCUGCAGACACAAAACAUUGUUUUCCCUAUAAUGAUAAGCUCAGGGAUCACAGCUGUUUCCCAUAUCCUCGUUUGUUGGCUUCUUGUCUUUAAAUCUGGUCUUGGAAGCAAAGGAGCAGCCUUGGCAAACACCAUCUCGAAUUGGGUUAAUGUAUUUAUGUUGGCAGUUUAUGUGAAGUUUUCCCCUGUUUGCUCAAAAACUUGGACCGGGUUAUCAAAACAAGCACUUCAUGAUAUUCCCAACUUUUUGAAGCUUGCAGUACCUUCUGCUACUAUGAUCUGCUUUGAAUAUUGGACAUUCGAGAUGAUUGUUCUCCUCUCUGGCCUUCUCCCAAAUCCCAAACUAGAGGCAUCUGUGUUAUCGAUAAGCCUUAACACAUGUUGGAUGGUCUACACAAUCUCUGUUGGUCUUGGUGGAGCUAUAAGGUCAGUCUUGCAGUACAUAAUGGCAAUUUUUGUCACAUUCCUCAUCAAAUUCCAUUUGUACAGCAACCUGCAUCAAAAGAAAACAGAAGUCCUAAAAGAAUUAUAUUUUCCUCUUAGUUUUUGGGUUUAUACUGUUGAUCAGCAACCAUCUUUUCAUAUUAUGUUGUAUUGUAGUACAAGAGUUUCAAACGAACUAGGUGCCAAGCACCCACAACAUGCACGCUUGGCAGUAUGGGUAGUGAUUAUAAUUUCCAUAUCAGAGGGUGUCGUGGUUGGAACCGCUACUAUUUUGGUACGCCAUGUCUGGGGAAAGCUAUAUAGCAAUGAAGCAGAAGUUAUCAGAUAUGUGGCUAAAAUGAUGCCACUUCUUGCAUUAUCUAACUUCUUGGAUGGAUUCCAAUGUGUGCUUUCAGGGGCUGCUAGAGGAUAUGGAUGGCAAAAUAUUUGCACAAUUAUCAACCUUGGAGCUUAUUACAUCGUGGGAAUUCCUUGUUCUGUGCUAUUUGCUUUUAUAUGCAAUUUUGGAGGCAUGGGGCUUUGGAUGGGAAUCAUUUGUGGCCUUGGCAUACAAGUGACAGCACUUGUUACCAUGAAUUUAUGCACUAAUUGGGAUGAAGGUGUAGGGGCAUCUCUCAGUGCCUGGGUUUUCCAUCCAAGUUUGCAUGAUGAACCAAUGAGAAGAGAUGAAGAAAAUGAAGAAGCAAUUGUCCUAGAUUAUGGGCACCCAUAGCAGCAAGUACAUAAUUACACUUACAAAGCAACAUCAACACCUCAAUAGACCACACUUGCAAAUUGAAAUAUAGACCCAACAGAAUACCACACUCGCAAAUUUAAAUAUAGACCCAACAGAAUAAUUCCACAAGUAAGGGUGUAUAAGAAUGCAGACAAAAAAAAAAAAAAAAAAAAAAAAAGGAAAAAGGAAAACAAGUGGGGCUUGGACUACUUGUUCGGUUGAUUGGUUGAGCAACCCAACCCAAUAUCAUAAAAUCUUCGUUAAUAAGAUGAUUUUCAUUACCACCAUGUAUACAUUCACAAUGUUUUCAAGCACAUAAACAAUGCUGUUGAAAUGAGUUCUAUUGGCUCAUGCUAGUUAUAAUUCCAUUAGUUUCUAGUAAUAUUUUAUGGUUCUAGUAGCACAUCAAGCAUUCUUUACGAUUCUAGUAAUGGCAUGAGCAUUUUCUAUGAUUUUACUAGUUGUUGUAGCACCAUGAGAAUUCUAGAUGAUUUUCCUUUGUAUAUAUACUUACCUUCAUACUA